AUGUUACUGGGUGGCUACUACAGCUGCUUCCAAGGGCGUUUUUACAGCUGGCUGCAAGCUCCCUGUGCCCAAGGUCUGCGCGGCCGCCAGGCCGGCGGCGCCCAGUUCUUAGGCAAGCGCAACUGGAAUGCAGCGAAAGACUUGCAGAGAUACAGACGUCGCUACCCGGGUUUGGUAGAACCAGAAAGUGAUGAGGAGGAAGAGAUGUGGAACUUGAGCUUUUACAGAAAUGAGGUUUCUUUUAGGCCCCAUGGUUUGCCUAUUGAACGUCUUCUUGAGUCUUGGUGGGACAACUAUGAAAUUCUUGAAGAAAAUCAUUCUUACAUACAGUGGUUAUUCCCUUUACGUGAACAUGGGAUGAACUGGCAUGCCAGACCACUCACACGUCAAGAAAUAGAGGCCUUUAAGAAGUCCAGUGAUGUUAUGCAAAGGUUUGAACGUGCUUAUCAGCUCAUGUUGAGUUUUUAUGGAAUCACUCUGACUAAUCAGAAAACUGGAGAGCUUAAAAGAGCAGAGAAUUGGGCUGAACGAUUCCAAAACCUGAACCGGUUUAGCCACAACAAUUUGCGCAUUACUCGCAUCCUGAAGUGCCUGGGGGAGAUGGGAUACGAAGACUAUCAAGUGCAGUUGGUGAAGUUUUUCUUAACAGAAACUCUUGUUAAGGAGACGCUACCAAAUGUCAAGAGAAGUGCCUUGGAUUACUUUCUGUUCACUGUCAGAAGCAAACGGAAGAGAAGAGAACUUGUCUACUAUGCCUGGCAACACUUCAAGCCUCAGAGCAGCUUUGUAUGGGCGCCGCGAGACAAACUGCUGAAGUACAGGCCCCGCUCAGCCAAGGCACAGCCAUGCCAAAAGGAUGAAAGUAAACGGGAAAUUCCUGGUACAAAAAGCGAUGGGUCUGUGGAAAAGGAUCAGAAGGAUCGGUUGCUAGAGGAGGAGCAGAAGGUUGGAGAUGAUGAAGAUGGUCUAAAUGUAAGUUCAGACUUACAGCCUGAAGAAGUGAAUCAGGAAGACCUAAAAGAGAAGUUAAAUGAACGUGUUUUGGAGGGAGGGGAUGGUGAAGAAGAGAAAGACCCUCUAUUUGCACAACAUGAGGAGAAGGAUUUGAACAAUGAGGCUGAAGAAGUGCAGAGUGCUGCAGAGAGUGAUAGCACCAAGGAGAGCAAGAAGAGAAAACUGGAUGCAAGUAAGGCAGACAAUAAACACAGUGAGCAGGAGAAAAGCCCUCCUGAUAUUGAAAAAAUUUCCCGUAAUCUAGGAGAAUGUGCAAUUGAUGCAGAAAUCCCCUCCUCCAUUCCAGUCCUGCAGACAGAAGAGAACCAGAAAAUACUUAAAAAAGAAACAGUGAGCACUGGAGGCGCAACAGCACUGGAGGUAGCUGAUGCAGCUGUAAAGCGGAGGAAAGUUGAUAAAGGGGCACAGAAAGGCAAAACAUGCACCUUGGCCAUUAACCUGAACGUGAGGCCCCCUCCUCCUAGUGCCCCCUCAAAUACACCCGUUGCAAACACUGAGACAGAGGAGGGAAAGAUCAGUGAAAAAAAGGCAGAGAGAGUGGAAGAGAGCACUGAGAACUCUGGUGGUGAUGGAAAAGGAGGGGUUGUGGAGUCCACAGCUGAGCACAAGGUUUCCAAGAUGGACUGCAUUUCUCCGGGAAGCGAUGACCUGGAGUCAGAUGGAGAUCAAGUCAGAGCCGAGAGCAACCAGCCCCACUGCAACAGUGUCCUCCCGGGAUGCCAGAGUGAGGCAGACAGGGUAGAACAGCAUGAAAAGGUGGAAGAAAAUGUGAACAAAAACACGCAAGCAAAAGCCACAGACAAGAACCAAGAUCAAGAGAGACUUGAGCAAAGCGUGGCAACCAUUUGUCCUGAGCAAGACAGUGCUGAGGUUGUAGUACAAAAAGGAGAUAACUCUCAGCAAGUAGCAGGACCUGAUGAAGAGCAGGUAGGGACAGAGUGA